AUGGCGGUUGGAGAUGAGCACGCCCUGUACAAGCCGCCCCCGCCCGGCGACGCCGGCGGCUACCCCGGCCAUCCCGGAUUCUCACUGGAGACGCGCGCCAUCGUGGCGGUGGUUGCGAUCCUGGCGAUUUUCUGGCUAGCAAAAAGGAUCUUUGGGCGGACGUUCCCAAGCUCUCAUGGCUCCUGUAUACUGCUGGUGGGCCCUUCUGGAGCGGGAAAGACUGUUUUGUCCCAUAAGCUGCAGGAGGGAGGUGCUCUCAAUGGCACUGUAGCACCUAUGGAAGACAGCGAAGGCAACCUAAUCCAGCAGGCGGGCAUAGAUGGCAAUGUGCACUUUGUUGACUUGCCAGGCCACCCGCGGCUGAAAGACAGGCUGGACAUGCACAUCAGCAUGGCCGCUGGCAUCAUCUUCAUGCUGGAUGCCACCGACUUCAUGCCCAACAGCAAGAAGGUCGCUGAGCAGCUUUUUGACCUCCUGUCACACCCAGUGUUUUGUAGCCACCAUCUUCCACUCCUGCUGGCAUGCAACAAAGCAGACCUUGGGGCCAAGGCACACACAGACACCUUUAUCGUCAAGCUUCUGGAGAAGGAAAUUGAGAGCCUUCGAACUGUCCAUAGCAAUCUGGAGGGAGAUGGCCCGACAGUGGGCAAGGAGGGGGAGGUAUUCUCUUUCAAGCACGUUGUGUCAAAGGUUGCAGUGGCCAAGAUUUCUGCCAUCACGGGUGACAUCGGGCCUGUGCUGCAAUUCACUCGUGACUGUAUCGGGCAUUGA